GCGCGUCUGCUUCAGCCAGGAUGUCGAUGGCUCGCGUGGCGCGCCCUUCGGGGGGUGCCGAAGUGACUCCGGUGGCUCGUCUCGGUGGCUCGCCACGAUUGAUCGCGCGUCGUCGUCGUCCCUGAACCCGGCUCGAAAACACUUUCCAUUGCAAGGUCGCUCAACAAGUUCCGGCCGUGUAGGCGGCCGGCCGACGAUCGGGGCGGCCGCUAUAAAGAGAAACAGAGAUAAAGAGGGAGAGAGAGGGAGAGGCAGCUCGAGAGGGAAAGAGAGAGAGAUUAAUCGAAACACAACGCAGGAGGAACGAACGGCCGUACGAGCCCCUUCCGCGUUCGCGGGCGAGAGUUCGCACGCGCGCGACAGCCCGAGGAAAAAAAGGCCCGGAGCGGCCCGAAGCGUGGUGGAUGCUCGCCGCCGCGUGCACUCGUGCGGUGUGCAGCCGAAUGCACUGUGUGCUGGUGGAUGCACUGGCUGCUGUCUGCCGGGCUCCCGCGUGAACCCUCUUCAAGGCACGCACACGGCGUGCGCUGCCAAUCGCUAUCGUCCUCGGUAGUCGCAGUCGGACACAGAGGUCAGAGGUUACUUGUGUUCGCGCGUUCCCAGAGAGUAGUGGGUGGCCGACGGUUUCGGUUUUGGUGGUAAAGUGGCCUGGUCAGCGGCCGGGCAUGGGACCGCGGAGGUUCCGUAUGCCGGACACGAGGUGACGCGGGUCCGCUGCCGGCCGCCGCGAUCGGAUGUCCGCCGAGCGGGAGGGUAGGAGGGACCUAGAGCCGGUGGAUGAAAGUGAAAACGAAUUGGGGGAUGAGCCGAGGAUACGCUGCGUGGAGAACGGACGCCGAAAUCAAUGAUUAGCAGCCAAACAUUUCGUAAUUUUUCUUCAUGCAUGCAUUCUUCAAUCUACGCGGUGUAAAUGAACAAGUCGUUGGCCACCCUCUUUAGAAUUCCCCGACCGUGGAGCAAGAAGCUCGUAAAAGACAAAAGGGGGUUGGUAGCAUCGCAGGGGAAGCGUUGGGGAAGGCGAAGCGCGAGCCAGAGAGAGCAGAGGAACCGAGGGAGACAGCCAGGGAACAGAGAAGAGGAACAGACAGAUAAGAAAGAUGGGAGAGAGCUCGCCGGAUCUCAGCCUCCGGCUUCGCCGUGGCAGUUCCGACUCCAGGGACUCCUACUACAUGGACUUCGCACAGGGUAUCGACUCGGACAUCGAGGAGGUGACGCGUCCAGGAGACAACAACUCGGAUCCGAUGAUGGACAACCUCGAGGAGAACGGGAACGAUCUUCCGCCUCCGAUCGAGGACAUCACGACGAUCCCGGAAGAGGCGUCCGAGGAGCUGCGAGAGGAGGAGGAGGCCGCGGCCAUGGAGGCGGCCCUUCGAACACCCGAGGGUCCCAUAAUUAACACUGAAGCGGAGAAACCGGCGCUGCAGCACCCCACGUCCCAGCUCUCCACGCUCGCGCCGCAAGACUGGCCAGGACUGCCGGCCGCGCUGCCGUCGCCGGCUUCGCCGUCCGCGGUGAUCGUCUCGCCGGAAACGCUGUCUAGACACAGCAGCAGCUCACCCUCCCACACCCAUCAUCGGCAACCCCAGUUCGCCCUGGCCUUGCCAUGCUCCUCACAGCCGAUUUCCGCGGUCUGCUACCCGGUCCCGACCUUCCUCGAUGCCGCCGACGACCGGAAGUGGAAGAAGCUCGGGUGCGACGCCCUGGCGACGACGUUCAGCGCCCUGUACGGAAAGCUACUGGUCGUCAUGGGAAUCGCCUUUCCCAUGGCGGAAGUAAUAUCCACCUACAUCCCGCCGUCGUUCUACGAGGGGUUCUACCUGUACCUGUACUUCGGCAGUAUGAUCUUCCUCGUCUACACGUACGCCACGCUGUUACGAGACACGAAACCGAAGUCAAAGAAGCAAAAGGACGUGUGCGAUCUGGACUCGUCGAGAUCGUCGAGCGGCGCCGGCGGCGAUAGCGACGCGGCCGACGUCGCCUGUCCUCACAUCACCGCCGUUAGGCCAGCGCAACAUUAUGGCAGCUUCUACCUGAGAAUGGGAGCCGUUGCCUUUGGGAUCGGCUCGAUGAUCUACUCCGGGCUCGAGUUCGGACAGUACUUUGAGCUCGAGCAGAACACCAAGUGCCACAACAUUAUGCUGGCCCUGACGCCCGCGACCAGGAUGGCGUUCAUCUUCAUUCAGAUGUACUUUAUAUUUCUGAACAACGAGCAAAUGAAAGUUUAUCGUCAUCGGGUGAUCGCGCGUUUCGGACUGAUGCACAUGAUCGGCACGAAUCUGUCCGUCUGGCUGAAUGUCCUGGUCCAGGAAACAAAACACGAGAUACUGACGUUUUACAACCCGGAGAACGGCUCGUUGAGAAUCUCCCACAGAUUAGGUGGGAAGGGUAAUCUCCAUUUCGGCGGUCAUGUGUACUACCAUCAUGGCGGUCAGGUGAGGAUCCCAAGGGGACUGAAGGGACCCCAUCACAUGUUCGAGUGCAGGAGAACCAACAUAAUGGGGUCGUUGGUCCAAGAUGCCAGCCCGUUCCUCUUCCCCUGCACGAUCGAAUAUAGCCUAAUCUGCGCUGCCAUUCUGUAUGUGAUGUGGAAGAACAUUUCCAAGGCAGGGUUUACGCAGCCGAUGGUGCCGCCAGGAUCUAGGCAUCAUGCGCACGCUUACAGCUGCCAACAAUUUCUCGAGGCUAACGCUGUCUAUCUCCUCAGGAGAUCGCCACACCACUACAGCGUGGACUGCGCCAGAGCGCACAAGGGUCUCUUCGUGGGCAUCCUGAUCCUGGUGCUAACAAUCAUCUCCCUGAUUCUGUUCUUCGUGCUAAUCUCUCGACCGGAAUUAGUGGGAUUCGCUGUAACCGAAGUGAACAUCUGCGAGCUGACGUUGUACGGGAUGUCGACGAUGGCGACGCUGAUAGGGAUGUUCCAGAUGCGAAAGCUACGGUACGACGGCAGCAGAAACCUGGAACUGGACAACAUCCUCCUGGUUGCGGCCCAAACAGGGAUGUUCAUCUAUUCCACGUUCACGAUCAUCGGCGCGCAGUUCACGUUGGCCAAGCACACGGUGUUAGUAUUAGUGACUGCUUUGGCUAGUGUUCUGCAGACUACAUUCCAGACGAUCUUCAUUUUGGACGCUUCAAGAAGAUCGGUAGCAACCGCGAAGCAGAUCCGGAAGAAGCCUGGCAGAGAGAUCGUGACGUUCUUGUUGGUGACCAAUCUGGCAAUGUGGGCGAUCAACACACUGGAGAAGUCGCGUGCAGAAUCGCAUCCGGUGCAGUUGCACUUCUACGGUCUGUGGGCCUGGACGAUCAUCACGCACGUAUCCAUGCCACUGGCGAUCUUCUACAGGUUCCACAGUACCGUCUGCCUCUGCGAGGUCUGGAAACGGGCGUAUAAGGUCAAACCGACCUACAUGUGACGCAAGGGGUCGCGCGACAUCGUGUGCAACGCCGAGGCUCCUCAGAGACCGACCACCUUGCCGGCCAGGCUGGACGCUAUUGUCGAGAACGACCCCGUUUACUUCAUGUAAGCGGAGGUGUCAUCCGAUCGGCGAAUCCUCGGCUCGUCCAGGAUUCCAGGAGACACCGCAAUCCAGUUAAAUACGUUGCGCGUGGUUUGGACGCUCUAGGAGAGCAGCUUCAGCUACCGUUAAGGGAUGGGCACUAACCUGAGAUGCUCCAGCUGCAUUGGAACUCGAUCGUCAUCGCAUAGGGGUGAUUCUUAGAUCGUCCAAUGUUCCAAAAGACAACUCAGAGUGUUUGGAUGUGUCGUACGCGUUUCAAACGCUUCCGGAGAGGAGCUCUAUCAACCGUUAAGGGGUGAGAGCCACCCUGAGGUGCUCUAGGUAGAUUAUCGUGAUCGAUGGACGAUUCUUAGGUGGGCCAGGGUUCCAGGAGACAUUUUAGAAUGUUUAAAUGUGUCAUGCGUGUUUUAGACGCUUUUAUAAGAGGAGAUCUAGCUAUUGUUAGGGGAUGCUAGACAUCCCGAGUUGCACUAGCUCGUUUGGAACUCGAUUCUUGUCAUCGACGAAAGAUGUUCAGGCGGUCCACGGUCCCAGAAGAUAUCUAAGAUCGUUUGAAUGUGACAUACAUGUUUUAGACGUUCUAGGAGAGGAACUCCAACUACCCUUAGUGGGUAAAAACCAGCCUGACUGCUCUAGUUACUUUGGAACUUGCUCACCAUCAUCUGAGGAUGAUUUCUAGGUUGUCCAAGAUUCCAAAUGACACCUGAUAUCGUUCGAAAGCGUCACGUACGCUUCAGACUCUCCCAGAAAAGAACUCUAGCUCCUGUUAGGGUGACGACAGCCUAUCCCACGUUAUUCUAGGCAGUUCGGAUCAGGUUUUUCGUCAGCAAUGGACGACUCUAAAUUCGUCCAGGAUUCCAGGAAUAAUCACGAAGCGCUCAAAAGUGUCUCACACAUUUAGAUACUUUUGGAGAGGAAUUCGAACAUCCUUUUAGAGGAUGGCGGCCUCUCCUACGUUACUCUAGGUAGUUCGGAACUUGUUUUAAGGUGUUUUAUCGUUGGAAAAACGGAAGUUUCGAGAGAUCGGUUUCCGGUUCUGAUGAUGAAGGUAGAGAUUGUCCAGCGAAUCGAUCCUGCGGUGUAUAUAGAUCGUCGAGAUUCGGGACUCGUCUGGGCGGUCGAUAUUGGACGCGCGCAAGGAGGCACAAUCGACGACGCACAAUUUUUGUAACCGCGGUUAGGCGUAGCCGGCUAGACGCUUAGUAUCGUCGAAGCAACAAGUCGUGUUCCUUCGAUUUCCUCGGGAACAAUUGAAUGACGGUCUCCCGGCGAUCGAGACAAGCAGACUCGACGUCAGCCUCGAUCGCAGCGUAAGACUGAGAGCCUGUUCUCGGUCCAGGCAGCCAGAAAACAAAACGAUUCGGUUUUCACGAUCUGUCCUUCGAUGUAACUCGAAUACUCUCAACGGACAUCCGUCUUCCACGUAGUACAAACUACAACUUAAAUAGCGUCUCUCUCGCGUCCAGGUUAGAUAGGUUUCGAUGGAGGAUCGAUGGAUAAUCGACCGAGGGAGGCGGACCGUCUUCGACAGUGCCUGGCUGGCCACCAAUAGAACUAUAUUGUUGCGCGUUCUCGUUAAAAUCUUCCUUAGCUGUGCACCGAUCAUCGAGAAAAUGUUAGAGGCGAUAGAUCCUAGUGCGAUAUAUCAUAGUUUGAUAGUAAAAAUCGAAAUUCCAAGGCUGGGGAAAAUAGCGUCCAGCGAACGUCCAUGCAUCCGUCGAGGCAGCCGCAGCUUAGAGGUCCGUCUCUCUCGAUUCUGCGUCGUAACGUCCAGCAAUCUAUUCGCCCUUCUGUCAUCGGGAAAACUCUCUGAAUUAAAUCAUAUCUAAGCCACAUGAUUUAAGUAGCUGGACGUUAACUGCGAGUACGCAUCGCGAAAUUUGUUUUAAAAGAAACCGCGAAUCGAUGCGCCUAGUAAUAUCGCCACUUCUGCAGUCCAGUGAUUUUUAUCCGAGAAGAAUUCAGUCCCAAAAUCAAACUAGAUCGUCCUAGGAUUGUGAGAAAGAUAAUGGUGCAUCGUUUCGUACACCCACAGACCCGUGAUCAUAGAAAUCAAAUAGAAAGGGCUGCGAUGGAAUUAUUAAAGGGUUCGUGGAACUGGGAUUUGUUUGGUAUUGAUCGAUAGAUUGUUAUACAAUUUCUGUUUUCUGACUGAACAUUGAUUAUGCUAAUACAAAGAUUUUUAAUGUGAUCAUAAUUUAUUCAUAUUUUUAGUAAAUGAAACAUAAAACAGUGAUCACUUUAGAUGUGUUCAUAGACAUCGUUAUUCUAUUUUCAAGCUAGUAAAUUUUAUAGAAGAAGAUUUUAUACUUCUUGGCUUUCUUUCAGUUCUAAAAUUUCUUGAAAUAAUUACUCGUAUUCAAAUGUACAAUAAUGAUUGUACUAAUAUUUUUUAAAGCAAACCUUAUCAGAAUGAUUGUACCACCUUCGAAUUACAUCCUCACAAUUAUUUGUGAUCGAGAAAUCGUUCGAUCGACAAGCUAUUGGAUUUGGUCAAAAUUGCUUUCACUCUUAUACUUUGUCUCGUUAAAUCCUUGUCUUAUAAGGAACGAUUGACAAUUCCAAUGCAGUCUGGGUAGGAGAAAAAUAGAAACGAACGAGAACGUGCGAGAGAUGAGGGGCUAACGUUCGAAGGAGGAACAGAGUACAACGGCGAAUCAUAUCAUUAAGCCUUAAUCCGUCGAAUGCGCUGUCCAAGCUCUGAUGAUUUCAAGCUGGCGAAACAGAAUGAUGAGAAACGAGAAAACGAAGACAGAUGGAGGGAUCAAAGUCAAUCGAGACGACCAGCUCGAGCGCGUUUCUUUUCCUUUCUACUCAAAAAAAAGAGAAAAACAGACAGUCCCUAGGGAAGUUUUCGGGGGUGUGAAAGGGCGGAGCCGAUCCGUAUUGUGCGAGUCGAAAGCUCGCGAGAAUGAUUCAAAAUGAGCGUGUGCCUGUGUGUCCUUUGUUCCGCGGUUGUUUUUUCGAGACGAUUGCAUGAUUGUAUGCGUGAGUGUCCCGCGGGAGAAACGAGCCAGACCAGAGAACGUUCCCUCUGUUCUCGUCUCGGUAGAGAGACACUUUUGUUCUAGUUAAUCGCGUGUUUCGUGCUAGACGCUUAUUCACGGUGCGUGAUCGAUAAUCGGAUCGAUCGUUCGCUACUUUUUUUUGUAAUAUAUAAUAUAGAGACUUCGAGGCGGCUGUAAAUACGUGAAAGAAUUUUAGAUCGAUAAGGCGGAGAAGCAGAAAAACAGAUGGAUCCUCUCGGUGUUUAGAGCUAGUUGUGUCGACAUGUUUCUUCCUAUAUUAUAUAUAAUAUAUACACAUAUAUAUACAAAUAUAAAUAUAUUUAUUAUUGCGUUGUUCUAUUCUAAUAUUUAUUGUAUUUAUCAGAUAUAGGAUUUACAAGCGACACGUUACGUUUAUUGAUCGGGGCUCGUGUCGAGAUCCUUAGCCCUCACUAUCACUUUCUGUCGUCUGCCACCUCUGCCACCUUCUCUCUCUGUUCUCCUUCGACCUUGAGAAAAUGAAGGGCAUCUCUGGAAAAUCCCACGAACCAACUCGAACACUUGUAACCAAAUUAGAGUUGAUCUAAUAAUUGUAAGAUCUUCGAUUUUAUUGUUCAUUAAAAGCCAUCUCGACCCUCUGAUGGUACCAUGCGAUCUCUCGCGACUCCAGUAACAUUUUCUGCAUACUGAUAUAUUGGACUAUAGUCUUAACUUGUUUACUCAAAAAUGUUAGUUUCGUAGUGAAGAUCCAAGUGUGGAUCCGAGGAUUCGUGGUACCAUUUCAGGGUUAAAUAAAAUUGCAGAGCACACACGUAUUUUAAAGAAAGAUAACGUGCUAGUGUAUCGAAACUAAAGUUUCCUACAUACACUUCGUAAAGACUGAAUCUUAAUAAAAUUGUAUUUUUACUAUUCUUCCAGCAAGCAGUGAUAAAUAUCGUAUUUUAUUGGAUCUCUGAUAUUAAUAUUAGAUGUAGAAAUAGAAAGAUCCGCAGAUCGAUGAGGAUAUUGCCAUUUUUAAAUUCUGAAUGUCUAUAUAAUGUUCUGACAGAGUGUCCAAAGUAGAAUAGUAAUUGUCUCGACGAAGAUGUUUCGCGCGAUUUACGCUACGGCGAAGUUUGUGGGGGUUUCUCUGAAGGUUUCUGUUGGUUCGUCGGACGCUCUGAUUUUCGCAUUUCAAUUUUCCCGACGUGUAAUGACGCAUUUAAUGAUCUCGCCACGAGUCUUAGCCGAAAUUGAAAGCGAACACGAGAUAGAAAACACACGAGGUAAGUCACGAUGUGCGCGGCUCGGGUUCGCGAGCCGAACGGACGUGCACACGACGCAUUACCACCUUUCUACGUCACGUCUCUGAACUGUACUUUUUCUAUGUCCGCAUACGCUAGUUCCUACGCAAUGUUUGUACUCUUAUACCCUUUGUACUAUUUGUACCUUACAAAUCGCAAUACACUCGUCCGCAAUAA